CCCGGAGAUCACAGGGCCGCUGGGAGCUGACAUCAAACUCCUCUGAGCUGCAGAGUGGAGAGUUUUUUCCUGUUUCUUCAGUUGAUGCCGCUUCAUUUUUCCUCCUCGUAUCCAGGACAGAUCUGGUUAUAUCUGGAAGUUUCCAUUUAAAAGAUGUGACCAGUUUUUAAUGAUUCGCCCACACAAAGUGCCACGAUGCUCAGCGCUGCAGAACGCACAGAUAUGUGAUUUUGAAAGGAUUAUACCGAAGACAGAAUGAUGGAUAUUCUUGGAUGUGUGAAUGCAUAUUUAUAUUUCCACUGGACUCCAGUGGUGUUCCUGUGAUGCCAAACCGAGGAGCUGCUGGACAUCAACUUAACCUCACUUAGGUCUGAUUGUUUGAUGAGCUUUGAUGCUUCAAACUGGACGAACGGCUGUGCCACUGUGAGCUUCUCCCUGCAGAUUUACGGUCACUUUAUGUUAUUUUGGAAAUCACCUACAGUGAAUUGCGCUGAAUACAGGAGCAGAACACGCUUGGCUCUCUUCUUUAUUCUGUCACUUCAUUUCAUUCGGGAGGUUAAACACCAUCUUAAAGUUUUAGACGCGCCUGGCUCGCUGUUUCAUUGAGGUCGUGGUGGUGGCCAGUUUCUCCCGAGGGAUGUUUCUGGGCUCCCGAGAACAGGGAGCGACAGCCCGGCUCCUGCAGUGGACCUUCGCCUCGUCCUGGUGCCUAUGCAGCGGAUCUGAGAGGAGAUGAGAGCUGCGGUAUACCACCUCCUCGCCGGCUGCCUCUGCCUGUUACGCACCGCUGCUGAGGAGUCUCCUCUCCCCCGGGAGCUGUUGGAGCGGCUCUCCCGUAGCGAGAUCCGCAGCAUCAGCGACCUCCAGCGGCUGCUAGAGAUAGACUCCGUAGAGAACGAGGUGAUCGAGGAGACCAAACACAGCUACCACAAGGACUUCUCUCACAGCUUCCCCGACCUGAAGAGAGCACACACACACACCAGACGCAGGAGGAGCACUGUGGUGGAGGAGGCCUUGCCAGCGGUGUGCAAGGUGCGAACAGCGAUCUAUGAGAUCCCCAGGAGCCAGGUGGAUCCCACCUCAGCCAACUUCAUCAUCUGGCCGCCCUGCGUCGAGGUGAAACGCUGCACCGGCUGCUGCAACACCAGCAACAUGAGGUGCCAGGCGGCCCGCAAACACCACCGCACAGUCAAGGUUGCGAAGGUGGAGUAUGUGCGACGGCGGCCCAAGCUGAGGGAGGUGCAGGUGAAGCUGGAGGAUCACCUGGAGUGCAUGUGCACCAACAAACGCCACAUCAGCCCAAACUCAGACACAGACAACGGCAUCAGGUGAAGAGCGACGGGCAGACAGAGGACAGGAAGAGGAGGACGACCUGAACCAGAGGACGAGCACAUUCAGCCUCUAAGAUCUCCACCACACCACCUGCCAUCAAGUGACUAUAAAAGGUUUGAUGGAGUGUACUUUGACCAGUGACCUUUGGGAGGUUGGAUGGAGAAUAACUGACUCAUAUGGACCUCAACUGUACUUUUAAAGGUUUGCGAAACACUGAGAGCAAAAAAACUGCCAGAACAUGAAACAGACGGGUGGUUUCCUCGCUGUGAUUUCUCAAAGGCCAAAAGAAGCGAUUAAAUGCUGAAUAUGCAGAACGCUGGCAGAAACGAGGUGGAUUCUGGGAUAUCGAAGGACUUAUUGCCUGCAUCUUGUUCCUUCUCCAGAGUAUAAACCGCUCAGCAGCUCGGAUUAUAAACUGGGUGGAAUCCUUUCUAGAAACAGUGACUGGGAUUAGGUUUUUGUACUCCAAGAUUUACUCUUCCUCAGCAGCACUCACACACACACAUGCACGUAUAUCCUCUUAUUUUUUAUAACCUCUGAUUUUCUAUUGCUGUCUGUAUUUCUGGUAUGUUAUCCGCAUAAAGAAUGGAAGGCAGAAGAACCUCCCGACAUG